UGCUACCCCCGUGGAUUGGUAGUAUCGGAAGCCUUAUAAUGCUUUUGCAAUAUGCUUUGUUUUCAUCUGAUUGUUUACAAAACAAACACACCAUGAAACCAGCUGAUAAAGUGUUUGUUGUUCUCUCUAGUCUUGAUAGCAAUGAAGUGAAGUCGUAUUAAAUUGUCGUUCAGAACGUUACAAUGAAUAUGAUAAAUUUGAUUCACAACCUGUUAAUUAUAUUUAUUAAGUUCGAUCGCGUGUUUUCUAUGUUUGAAAACGUGUCUGAGGUCAUAUUUGCAAGUGUGUUGUACCGACAUGGCGACAGAACUCCGGUGAAACCCUACCCCACGGACCCGUACAGGAAUGUCAGUCUGUGGCCAGUUCAGUGGGGGCAGCUGACUCAUAUUGGAAAGGAACAGCAGUUUUUACUAGGCCAAUGGCUUCGACAGCGUUACAGUAACUUCUUACCAAGCGUGUACUCUGAACUUGACAUCCACAUCCAGAGUACAGAUAUGGAUAGAACAUUGAUGAGUGCUGAAUGCAACUUGGCAGGAUUGUACUUACCUGUGCCACAGCAACGUUUCAACCCAGAGAUUCGAUGGCAGCCAAUCCCCGUACACACUGUCCCUGAACUUGAAGAUUAUAUUUUGGCGGCGAAGAAACCUUGCCCACGUUACUCUGAAGAGUAUGAGCGAGUAGAAAAUUCACCAGAAAUGCAGAUUAUAAACAAAAAAAAUGCUCCUCUUUAUUCAUAUUUAACAGAAAAUGCAGGAAUGGUAAUUCAGACAGUUACAGAUGUUGAGUAUUUUUAUAAUACACUUUUUAUUGAGGAACUUUAUAACUUUACACUUCCAAAUUGGACUAAAUCAGUAUAUCCAGAAAAGCUGAAACCUUUAGCAGAUUUUAGUUUCUUGUUACCAACCAAAACUAAGAUUUUGAAGAAGCUUAAGACUGGUCCUCUUCUGGGAGAGAUAACAUCAAACAUGAUGAAGAAACGAAAUGGUGCUUUGACUCCAGAUAGGAAGAUGUUUGUGUAUUCUUGUCAUGACACGACUAUUGCCAAUGUUCUGAACACCCUUGGUGUAUUUGAUGCUCACUCACCACCUUACACAGCAACAGUGCUCAUCGAACUGAGAUUAGAUGCGACUGGAAAAUACUAUGUUGUGGUGGAAUAUCAUAACACUACUGGUGACCCAAGUGUUUUACAAGUUCCGGGAUGUGCAGAGUUAUGCCCAUUAGAUAUGUUUGUUAAGUUGACUGAAGAAUUUGUCCCAAAGGAUUGGGAGAAAGAAUGUCAUAGCUUGGAAACAUCGAAGGACUGUACUUACGCUACAUAUGACGUUCUUAGCAUUGCAAUAAUAGCAUCUGCAAUGUUGGGAACAUGUCUGCUGCUGCUGUUGGUGGGCAGCUUGGUGUACUGGUGCUUGCAUCAAUCGGAGAAGACGCGGUACCACCGAUUACACCAAGAUGCUUAAGGCCACCAAGAGCCAUUUUACACCUGAGGUUUUCAUGUCACAUUUUAUCAACGCGUUUUGUUUCUAUCCAAUCUUUCCAUUUUUUACUUAAAUCUGUAAAAGUUAAGAAAAAAAUAUGAAAACAUAUCUAGUGUGUUUGUCCUGCUUCAUCUAAAUCAAUUUAA